AUGGCGUCAGGUCUGCCCAUCCAACCUCAGAACGUGAACGGUCGCCUUAAACUUGACCUGAGUAACCAGGGUCUGACGUCCAUCCCGGAGGAGGUGUUCGACCUCACCGACCUCGAGAUCCUCAUCGUGUCCAACAACAGACUAACCGCCAUUCCUGAAGCGAUAGGCCGUCUGCAGAAACUUCAGUGGUUAGACGUUGAGCACAACAUGGUAACAACAUUGCCGAGGUCUGUAUGUUCACUGUCCAACCUUGAAGUGUUGAUUGUCAGUUAUAACAGUCUUUAUUCACUACCUCCUGGUGCGGAAUUUGCAAAGAUGAAGAAACUAACACAACUGUACAUCCACGACAACCAUCUAACAGAGGUUCCAUCAGGGGUUUGUACUCUAUCCAACCUUGAGGUGCUCACGGUCGAUGAGUUAGAACAACUGCAACACCUGUGGUACUUGUCUUUGUCGAACAAUGCUCUCAGAACACUACCAAGCACCUUGAGUGGCCUACACAACGUACGCGAGGUCUACCUCAGGAACAACAAGUUUGAAACUUUCCCAAGAGUCCUGUGUGAACUUCCUGAAAUGCAGAAACUCGACAUUAGGAACAACCAAAUCACCAGGCUACCAACCAGCCUUCACAGAGCAGACAAGCUCUAUGACUUGAGGGUUUCUGGAAACCCCCUGUCGUACCCUCCUCGUUUUGUGUGUGAACACGGGACCAGUGGCAUUCUGGCCUUCCUGAGGCGAGAGGCUGAGAAACUGGACCGGCAUCUAGACUACACUACAGAUGCUACUGGAGGCCAGGCAUUGGAUGAGCUACAGGCAAACUUUCCCGUCAUCCACUACGACCAGCUCGACUUUCCCGCGGAGGCGUACUUGGGUCACGGCGGGUUCGCCUCGGUGGAGAAGGCCUACCAUCGGGACUGGAAACAGAACAUCGCUGUCAAACGUCUGCUUCCGCAUCAAAUACAGGGGAGUGAGCGGGAGCUUCUGUACUCGGAGGCGAGGAAACUGAACCUGGGCAGCCGCUCAGACCACGUCAUCAGUCUGCUGGGGGUCUGUCUGAAGCCUCACUUCGCCAUCGUGAUGCCCUACAUGGAGAACGGCUCUCUGGCCGAGCUGCUGCUGCGGGAUGUGGACGUGCCCUGGGCCCUGAGGUGGAGAAUGGCGCACGAGAUCUCCCUGGGGAUGACUUUCCUGCACUGCCAGAACCCGCAGAUUCUCCACUGUGAUCUGAAGACGGAAAACAUUCUUCUUGAUAGUGACUUCCACGUGAAGAUUUCAGACUUUGGCCAAUCGAAAUGGAAGAGUCAGUCACGUGUCCUGACCGGAACGAGCCCCAAAGGAGGCACGAUCACGCAUGCGCCGCCGGAGUUCUUGGACGACAUCAAUCACGUGCCGACCACCAAGUUUGACGUCUACAGCUUUGGCGUGCUGCUGUGGGAGAUUGUUACAAGAGACGAGCCUUAUAAACAUGCCACCAAGUCGGAACUCAUCAGACUCGCGGUAACGCAGGGCCAGCGGCCAGACCUGUCCCCGGUCCCCUCACAGCUACAGGACGUCAACACAGUCAGCAAACUCAUGCAGAGGUGCUGGAGGCAGAAUCCGUACGAUAGACCGUCAUUCAAGGUGAUGCAGAGGUGUUGGAGACAGAAUCCGUACGACAGACCAUCUUUUAAGGAGUGUGAGGGUGAACUACGGGCUGUGAGCAGCAACUCUAGCAAGGAGGGCGUUCUCCAAGCCAUCAUCCAACUACAGAAAGAAGUGCAAUCAAGCUUUUUGUGACCUUAAACUAAACAUAAUGCAC